CGAAAAUUGGAAAAAAAAAAAAAAAAAAAAAAAAAUAGAAAGAAAGAAACCAGAGAGAGAGAGAUGGGUGGUGGUGGAGGAGGAGGGCUUGGAGAUGGGACAAUCAAAGGUCUUCAUUUGCAUCAGCCUAAACGUUGGCACACCGUUACUGGCAAGGGCAUGUGCGCCGUCAUGUGGUUUUGGAUUCUUUAUCGAGCUAAGCAAGAUGGACCUGUAGUUCUGGGAUGGAGACAUCCUUGGGAAGGACAUGGGCAUGGACAUGGAGAUGAACAUUAGGUGUCUUCUUGAUUGGAAGAGAGCAUAUAAUCUAUGUUGUGGUGGCCUGUCAAUACAGCCUAUGUUUUUCAUGAUACCUUGCUUUUAGAAUAAAAUAAUGUUGUAUAACUCCUGAAUGACAAACCAAUGCUUUGGCCUUUCAUUUGUUCUUGUUUAGAUGACAACCCAAUGUAUGUCUCCUUGUUAAACUUCAAGUCUUGAACCUUAUUGUUUGGGAAUUUAUUGAAUGCUUUAUCUGA